AUGGUGGGUGCCAUGGUACGCCUAGGCUUGCUGGCCAGCUUGCUUUUCCCCGCCUGGGCGGACACACCCUACCAGCAGCCGGAGCAGAUCCACAUCGGCCUCGGCCAGAAGCCAGGUGAGAUGACCGUGCAUUGGUCCACCAUCCAGGAGAGCUACUUGCGAAAUCAGACUGCGUAUGAUCCUGGCGAUUCGUUCGUGAUGUACGGCCUCUCCAAGGAUGCGCUCACGAGGACAUCGAACGGCACUUCAUUCCUCUUCCAGGACUACGGCGAUGAGCACCGAAACUUCACCAUGCACAUUGCGACGAUGACAGACCUGCUGCCAAACAAGAUCUACUACUACGUGGUAGGCGGACAGAGGACGGGAUGGUCCGCAGCUCUGAGCUUCAAGAGCGCACCCAUUUCUGCAGAGGAUGUGCAGUCGCGGCUGCCCAUGAGCUAUGCAGUCUAUGGUGACCAGGGAGACUACAACGGGCAAACCUUGCCUUCAUUGCAAAUUGCUGCCCGGAAAGGCGAGUUGGACAUGGUGCUGCAUGUGGGGGACAUGGCGUACGACUUUGAUAGCGACAAUGGCCGCAAUGGCGACGCGUGGAUGCGGGAUAUCCAGCCACUGUCUGCUGCCGUGCCGUACAUGGUGUCGUCGGGAAACCACGAGGCUGGUAACAACUUCAAUCACUACACGCAGCGAUUCAGGAACAUGCCAUCCAACUCUGGGACCAUCACGUUCCCGGAGUUCGGCAAGGUACCCAACAACUGGUGGUAUUCCUGGGACAGCGGCCUGGUCCACUUUGUGGCCCUUUCGACGGAGGUCUAUACGAACGCGGACUACUACUCCAUGGUGGUACAGCAAUAUGACUGGCUGGAAACCGAUCUAGCUGCGGUGGACCGCACCAAGACACCUUGGGUAGUUGCUCAUGGGCAUCGUCCGCUGUACUGCUCCUGUGAUAACGACUGUGACACGAUCGCGACCCUCAACCGGAUGGGGUUCAAGCAGCCUGAUGGAAGUUUCAAGUAUGGCCUGGAGGAGCUGUUCUAUCGCCAUGGUGUGGACAUGUACAUAGCAGGUCACGAGCACAACUACGAGCGCAUGUUUGACGUUUCUCCGAAGUGGAACUCAAUGAUGCCAUGGCUGAGUGGCGUCACAACUGAAAGCACGAUCGACCCGCCGGCCACAACAUAUAUCGUGACAGGGUCCGCCGGGAACGUCGAAGACCACGAAGCCUUCACGCGCCCAGCUCCGAGAAGGAGCGCCAAGCGUCUGAACACUUAUGGCUGGUCCAAGAUGACUGUCUACAACGCCAGCCACAUCUACUGGCAGCAGUUUCAGACAGAUUCGGGACAGCCUCCAAGCACCUGGGGCCAGGUCGUGGAUGCUACAUGGCUGGUCCAGAACCACCACGGCCCCUUCUCAUACCACCCGCGUCGGAAGGAGGUAGAAAAUUCGGGGGUCGCAGGCUUGCGCCCCGUGGACACGAUCAGUGUCGACAUGUCUUUUUGGCCCGUAGGUCGCCGUCUGCAGAUGCAGUGCAAGCAUGCAGGCCACAAUCAAGCGCCUGUGUGCAGCGACCAAGACCAUUCUAAGCAGAUGGCUUCCAAGGGGCGCUGGCAGUACACCAAGUCCAUCGACUCUGGAAACCCAGUGGACUUUGUUUAG